AUGGUGCGCUUUGGAGAUAUCAUUAUCUUAUUAACGCUGGUCAGAUCCGUAUUUGGCACUAAAUUCGUCAUUCAACUUGCCAACGAGAUAUCGCUAGAGGCUGUGUUUCAACAUCACAGAUUUGAGGGUCCACUGGAGGUUUUCAAAAUAGGUACAGGAUUCAAGGCGUUUUCCGGUGAUUUUGACGAUGCCAUUCUGCAGAAGUUACUUAAUGAUCCCAAAGUGGAAAGCAUUUCGAUAGACCAAAGACUGCAAACCCAAGAGUACGUUUUCCAGCAGAACGCUCCUGCACAUUUGAAAAAGAUAGCGUCCAGCUCGCCAACACCUCGGCAACCGUAUUUGUACCAUUCCAAUGCAGGCAUUGGGGUCGAUAUAUACAUAUUUGAUACAGGGAUCGAUAGUAAAAACCCUAAUUUGCAGCAGAUAAAUGUGAUGAAAUUGAUCGAUUUGACGCAAGAUAUUGCACCGGCCGGUGUUGACGCGAAUGGCCACGGUACAGCAAUGGCGGGGGUUGUAGCGUCUGAAACUUUCGGGGUUCUGAAAAAAUGCAAUUUGAUCGAUAUGAGAAUUGUUGAAAAGGAUGGAACUUCUAAACUUUCAAGUCUUCUGAGGGCUCUGGAUAUUGCCGAAAAACAUGUCAAGACAACCGAAAGACCUUCUGUUUUCACGAUUCCAUUGAUUAUGCAGGAAAGAAAUGCAAUUCUCAACUCAGCAAUUGAAAAUUUAAACAAAGAGCUAGCUAUCGUGGUUCCAGCUGGUAAUCAGAAUUCUGAUGCAUGCAAUUUCAGUCCUGCAAGCUGUAGCAAAAAUGCUAACCUUCUAGUUUUGGGAUCUUUAAAUCAAGACGAUAAUCUGGCUGAAUUCACCAAUUUUGGAGGAUGUGUUGACCUAUUUACUUCGGGAACAGAUGUGAUCACUCUCUCUCCCACAGAUUUAUCCCAAAGUUCAUUGAUACGUGAAGUGAAUGGAACCUCCAUAAGCUGUGCUAUUGGCAGUGGCGUUGUAGGUUAUUAUAUGUCAUUAGGUUUUAGCAGUCUCCAAGCUAUUGAACAGACAAAAACCGCGGCGUAUAAUCCAACGAGCAUGGGAAUAGAAUAUAAAGUUUUGCAGUUAAAACCAUAG